GCUGUCGGCGGCGCUGAUUACUUUUUCCGAGGGCGGGCAGGGCUCACUCCGGCCCGGGCCGCCGCCGCCUCCUCCUCCGCCGCUCCGCGCUGGGCCCCGUCGCUGCCAUAAAAUGUUUGACGGCUGCCUCCUGCCUCUCGUGUUUCCCUGCCUGCUGCUUUGGGGACUGGACGCCGGCACAGCCGGCGGAGCGGAGCUGGAAGUGGUGAUCCCGGAGCGAGUGGCGCUGGAGAGGAUCCACCUGCUGCCUCCCGCCGGGAGAGGGGACCGCGGCGGAGCCCGGCGCCGUCGGGAGCUGCUGCGGCCGCGGGAGGCGGCGGGAGAGGCCGUGCUGCUCCGCCUGCCCGCCGCCGGCACCGAGCUCUACGUGCUCCUCCGCCGCGACCUGCGCUUCCUCGCCCGGGGCUUCGCGGUGGAGCAUCGGCGCGGGGAGGAGCGGCGGCCCCCGGCGGAGCGGCUCUGCUUCUACACGGGACGCGUGUUGAACCGCAGCGACUCCUUCGCCUCCCUCAGCACCUGCGCCGGGCUGGUUGGCUAUAUUCAAAUUGGAUCAGAGCACAUGUUAAUACAACCAGUGAAUACAUCAGAGACCUCAUUUAGCGGAAAAGAACACUUCAUCAGACGUAGACGAUCGACGAAAUCAAGCCAUUCUUUGAAGUCACACAUUCCUGAUGAGCACUGCAAGGUUGUAGCAGAAAAGAAGAGGCAAAAGAAGAUGAAAUCAACCAGUGACUGGAGGGAGAGAAGAAACGCCAUUCGGCUUACCAAUGAGUACACGGUAGAAACUUUGGUGGUGGCAGAUGCUGAUAUGGUCCAAUACCAUGGUGCAGAGGCUGCCCAAAGAUUCAUCCUCACAGUUAUGAAUAUGGUGUACAACAUGUUUCAACAUCAAAGCCUUGGAAUUAAAGUCAGCAUUCGAGUGACAAAACUAGUUCUACUUCGCAGUCGACCUGCCAAGUUGUCUAUUGGGCAUCAUGGAGAGAGGUCUCUGGAGAGCUUUUGUCACUGGCAAAAUGAAGAAUAUGGUGGAGCAAAAUACCUUGGUAACAACCAGGUUCCUGGUGCGAGGGAUGACACCCCUCCUGUGGAUGCUGCAGUUUUUGUAACCAGGACAGAUUUCUGCGUACACAAAGACGAACCUUGUGACACUGUGGGAAUUGCUUACCUGGGAGGUGUCUGCAGUGCCAAGAGAAAAUGUGUUCUUGCUGAAGACAAUGGUCUCAAUCUAGCAUUUACAAUUGCACAUGAACUUGGGCACAACAUGGGAAUGAGCCAUGAUGACGACCAUCCUCCCUGUGCAGGGAGGUCUCAUAUUAUGUCUGGAGAAUGGGUCAAGGGCAGGAACCCCAGUGACCUCUCCUGGUCUUCAUGCAGUCGCGAUGACCUUGAAAACUUCCUAAAGUCCAAGGUCAGCACCUGUUUACUAGUAACAGACCCCCGAAGCCAAUAUGCAGUGCGGCUCCCUCACAAGCUGCCAGGAAUGCACUACAGUGCCGACGAACAGUGCCAGAUCCUCUUUGGGACCAAUGCUACAUUCUGUAAAAAUAUGGAGCAUUUGAUGUGUGCUGGACUCUGGUGCUUGGUGGAAGGAGAUACAUCCUGUAAAACAAAGUUGGAUCCCCCUCUGGAUGGCACUGAGUGUGGCGCAGACAAGUGGUGCCGAGCUGGGGAGUGUGUCAGUAAAACUCCCAUCCCUGAACAUGUUGAUGGAGACUGGAGCAUGUGGAGUCAGUGGAGCAUGUGCAGCCGGACUUGUGGCACAGGAGUGCGAUUCAGACAGAGGAAAUGCGACAAUCCCCCCCCAGGGCCAGGUGGAAAGAACUGCCGUGGAGCCAGUGUGGAGCACACCGUGUGUGAGAACUUGCCCUGCCCCAAAGGUGUGCCAAGCUUCAGAGACCAGCAGUGCCAGGCCCAUGACAGAUACACCAAUAAGAAAAAAAGCCUCCUGACAGCUGUUGUCGUUGAUGAUAAACCAUGUGAGCUUUUCUGCUCUCCACUGGGGAAGGAUUCCCCUGUGCUGGUGACAGAUAGAGUCCUUGAUGGUACUCCAUGUGGGCCUUAUGAGACUGACCUCUGUGUACAUGGCAAGUGCCAGAAAAUUGGCUGCGAUGGAAUCAUUGGCUCAGCUGCCAAAGAGGAUCGCUGUGGAAUCUGCAGUGGUGAUGGCAAAACCUGUAAAGUGGUGAAAGGCGACUUCAACCACACGAAGGGCAUGGUAACCAAUAGUCAUUGUAAGAAGGUUUCCACAUGUGUGAUGGCAAAGGCAAAGUCUGUUCCCAAGUGUUUCUCGUGUUACAUCGAAGCAGCUGUGAUCCCUGCAGGUGCCCGACGGAUCAGAGUGGUUGAGGACAAACCUGCUCACAGUUUUCUGGCUUUAAAAGAUUCCAGUAAGAGAUCCAUUAACAGCGACUGGAAAAUUGAGCUUCCUGGUGAGUUUCAGAUCGCAGGCACUACUGUCCGAUACGUGCGAAGGGGUCUGUGGGAGAAAAUCUCUGCCAAAGGACCAACUAAAAUACCACUGCACUUGAUGGUGCUGUUAUUUCAUGACCAGAAUUACGGAAUUCAUUAUGAAUACACAAUUCCUGUAAACUAUACUGCUGAAAACAGAAGUGAGCCAGAAAAGCAACAGGAUUCAUUGUACAUCUGGACGCACAGCGGAUGGGAAGGGUGUAGUGUGCAGUGUGGAGGAGGUGAACGGAAAACAAUUGUGUCCUGUACUCGAAUUAUUAACAAGACCAUGACAGUGGUGAAUGACAGUGACUGCCAACGAGUGAAUCGCCCCGAGCCCCAGGUCAGGAAAUGUAAUACACACCCCUGCCAAUCACGGUGGGUGACUGGCCAUUGGAGUCCCUGCUCUGCCACUUGUGAGAAAGGUAUCCAGCAUCGGGAAGUGACUUGUGUUUAUCAGCUGCAAAAUGGCACCUACGUUAACACAAGAGACCUCUACUGCCUUGGCAACAAACCUGCAACAGUACAAAGCUGUGAAGGACGGGACUGCCUCUCAAUUUGGGAAGCAUCAGAGUGGUCAAAGUGUUCAGCAGACUGUGGCAAAGGGAUCCAAAAAAGAACAGUAACAUGUACAAAUUCUCAAGGAAAAUGUGAUGCAGCCACCAGGCCAAGAGACGAGGAAGAAUGUGAGGAUCACACAGGCUGUUAUGAAUGGAAAACAGGCGAUUGGUCUAAGUGCUCCUCAACCUGUGGGAAGGGCCUCCAGUCACGCGUUGUGCAGUGCAUGCACAAAGUCACCGGGCGCCAUGGCAGUGAGUGUCCUGUCCUGUCCAAGCCAGCAGCCUACAGGCAGUGCCACCAAGAGGUCUGCAAUGAGAAGAUUAAUGUCAACACAAUUACCUCGCCCAGACUUGCUGCUCUCACGUACAAGUGCACAGGCGACCAGUGGACAGUGUACUGCAGGGUGAUCCGGGAGAAGAACCUGUGCCAGGACAUGCGGUGGUAUCAGCGCUGUUGCCAGACUUGCAGAGACUUUUAUGCAAACAAGAUGCAACAGAAGAGUUAAUGAACCUGUGCUACUUCUUAGGGUAUUACAGCUAUUUGUAUGUAAGUCACGGACUAGUAGGUCUGAGUACUGGAACUUCAUGAGUUGCUACAGCGUGGUGGAUUCCAAAGCAUAUCUAUUGAGACUUGAAAACUAACUCUACAGACUGGAUACCAAAGUAAUCCACUCAUCCACCAUAAACAAACAAAAAAGCAAAACAAAAAAAUAGAAAAGAGUCAUCUCAAGGAGCCAAUCAUUUUAUCAUGUUUUGACAUCUUUACCUUUUCAAUUAAUGCUUUUUACUUUAAUAUAUUAAAUCAUCAGCCACUGGAUGGCUUAAUACCAAUAAAGGACAAGAGUUGCAAAGUGAUUACAUUGAUUAAGGUUAUAGGUGCCUCCAUGGAGGAAGGCCUCUGGCAAAAUAGUUAAGCAAAGGUAGAGACAUUAUUUAAUCUUUUAAUCUUGGCUUUCAUCUAAUGUUUUUCAUUCUGAACAGUUAUCCCCCUGUCAAGUAGGCUUGAAGGGACACACAUAAAUGAAAGGCUUAAUUUAAAGAGGGGAUUUACUGUAAAAGCUUGUGAAAACUGAUAGCAGAGGAUGGACAUCUCUGAAACUCCCACAGAAAGUUCAUUACAAUUACAUCCAGCAUUCUGAGUCAUAUUUUUUGAGAGCAUCUAAUAGUGACUGCUCUUCUUUCUAAUUUAAAAAAAAAAUCCUCUCUCUCUUUUCCCCAAAAUAAUAUAGUUUCUUUUAUGAAGGCUAAUUUUUCUCUGAGCUUAAUGAAAUAGAAGCUUAUUAACAGCAGUAGAUAGUUACGUUUACGCAAAAACCAUUUACAACGAGGUGGGAAAAGCCAGAAAACAUUGGAUCCAGUAGAGCUCACUGGGGGAUUGCUUGAUUUAAUCUCUCUCAAGCUUUUAGGAGGCAUUCAGAUAAGGAGAGUACCAUGAAACUGGAUAGGAUUAGUAUAGAAACAGGACUUGGAACAACCUUUGUAUGAAGGAUGGACUGGAGAGCAGAACAGGUGUUUCUUGUCUUUUGGCUUUUGUAUACAUCUGAAGGUUAUAUAGCCUUUUGUCAAAGUGCUAUGAGUGGUACAAGGCUUCAAGAUGAAACCCUGAGCGUGCUGAAGCCCUAAGGCCAAGGGCUUCUGUUGCCUUCAGUAAAGGUUAGGAUUUUGCUCACUGUAUUGUCACGUUUUCUUUUGUGGUGCUAUCAGGUUUGGUGCUAUCAGACUGGUGCUAUCAGAGCACUUAGAAAGUGCUGCAUAUAUGAUAUCCUCUUCCAUGUGUCUGCACUUUAAACCAAACUCCUCUCUGAUAUGUGAGACUUGAAACAGGAGCUCUACCCAGGGCAGAGUUAGUCCCCACCACUAGUCCUGCAGAUCAAUGUCUCUCUAUCAUAUCUUGCUCCAACAUGUAUCAUUUCCCUUGCCAGGCUCCAAGGCCAGUUGUGCAGUGGUUAAGUUACAGCUCAUUCUUCAUAAUAUGAACAGAGCCUUUUGGAUGAAUUGCAGCUUUGUACUCGCUCUAGAACUGUGUUACUGUUUUACUCCUUGUGGAUGAGUGCAGAAGUAAGCCUACCUUUAACCCUGAGCCCACUAUGGAUUGCAGCUCACACCUGUCCUCAAGCUGUCUUUGUUGCUGUUGUCUUCCUUUCAGUGCAAGGAGGGAUAAAGAUUCUUAGUAAUUAACAUAUCUUUAAAGCAACUUUUUUCUUCCUUAUUUCAGUUUUCAGGAUCUCACUGCAAUAACUCAUCAGCAUUUUAUCAACAGCUAAGUUUUUCAAGCACAGGGAGAUAUAAUUUCAUUGACAGACUAAUACUGUGUGGGCUUCACAUUCGUAACUGUGCUUAUUUUGUGCAAACAAGUGUGUGGCCUGUAUGCACAAAUCCACCUUUGCACACCAUUUAUUCUCAAGUGCCUGUCACAAACAGAUCUGCUUUUCUGUGUCCCAGAUGAUUUUUGCUACCAGAGGGAUGAUUCUAACUGGGUUUUUGUUUUACUGGAUGUUCUUUUGGCACCUGAUAGUCAGAAUCCAACCUCUGUCUUCUGUUAUCCCCACUCUGUGUCCCAGAUGCAGAGGUUGUGUAAAUACUUAGCAAGCAAUCAAUGGAAAAUGCUGUGGGUCCAAGUUCUGGGUCCUGCCUAAGGAAACAUAAAUUUAGAAGGAAUUUUUCUGAAUGUCUGAGCACUGAAAACCACCUCACUUGCUCUCUCAGUCCACAGAUUAGCAUGCAUCAAGCUUUUUUAAAAAUGAUCAGAAACCAACAUUAAUUAAAAACUGAUGGUACAACACAGCUCCAUUUUAAUACAUUCUCUAACUUCAUCUGGUGACAACCCUCCCAUGUUAUAAUAGCCAGAAAAAAAAUAUAAAAAGAGUUUAAUUCUGUUCAAUACUCGUGCACUUCUGUUUCAUAUCAUUUUAUAGGAGCUUUACUAUGAAUUUACAGCUAUGCUCUGCCCUCAGUUACUCCAUACUGGUGAAAGAAAAGCUGUUUGUUUUGGUGUAUCUAUGGCAAUACUUUUUUUUUUUCAAGUUGUUCUUAAAGGAUUGACACUCUUUAGAUUACAGUGGUGGUAUUUCCAUAUUGUAAACAAUACUCUGUACUGUUACUAAAGUACUGUACAUUUCUAGUUGCACGGUGGUGUUACUGAGUGUAGAUUCUCACUAUCUCAUGUAUGGUGCUAAUUUUGUUGGUGGAAAAGAAUCUUAGCAGUCGAUUAUUGCUUGAUAUUUUAUUAUAAUACAGGGAUAUAUCCUCCAUGGCAAUAAUACCAUGUAAGUUUUUCAUUACAGAGUGAAAUGUAUAUAUUUUUCCAUUAGUUAAUUUGCAUAUGUACUGUAUCCAUAGUAAUUUUCUUUUUGGUGCUGGUUAUAAAUAGAAAAGAUAAAAACAGUCAAAGUGAAUGGAACAAGUUGUAAAUGAAAACUAAAAAAAAAAAAUAGAAAAGAGGAUCAUUCCAUUUUGAAAAAAAAAUGAGUAUGUUGAAUAAUAAAUUUAUUUUUUCCAUAACAACUUUAAGAAGGUUUCUGAACUUGAAAAAAUACAAUGCAAAUCAAGUAGCUAGCAUGAAAAUUCAGAGGAAGGAGUGAAGCUGUAAGUAGUACCUAAUGAAUCUGUCUAAUACUGGACUGAGACUGGGAUUUGGUUAAGUCUAGGCCAACUAUGUGAUAGCUGUGGUAGGUAUAAAAAGUUUUUUGUCAGUAAGAAAUCUGGCAUUUCAGAAUUCCUGGUGUGCUAACAAAUCAAGGAAUGAUGGGUCUUGUCCCAGCUGGGUUGCAGAAUAAAGCACAGGGAGUGUUAAUACCUGAUUACUGUCUAGCAAGAUCUCUCCUCAGGGACACAACAGUAGAACAUGCCUGUUUGGAAACAAUAACCUAGGUUUUGUUUGGGAAAUCACUGUGUAUGACUGAGCAGGCUGCCAGGAAGCUAAAGCAUAUGCCUGGGGACAUUUUGCAAGUGCUUUUGGGAAGGUUGCUUUCAAUGUAUGUUGGAGCUGAGGUGAGGUGGCAGCUAGCUGUAUGUUUAAUGGUAGCUGCUCUGCAGGUACAACCUAAUAACAAAGGUUGCUGAGCAUAUGGAAGUUUAUGUUGGAGCUAAACUAGGCCAUCCAUUCGAAGGAUAUCUACGUAACCUAGCUGCAUACUGCCCUGGUGUGAAAUAAACAGAAUUACUUCAGUGCUAAGUGUUUUGGAUGUGUUUGUUGUAGGCACUAGCCAGUAUCUUUGUACUACUUAACUUCCCCUUCAGCCUGGUGAAGAUGUCUUUUUAUGAAGCGUUGCACACAGGCAUGUAGGAUCCCUUCCUAUCCUGUCUUACAAAGAUGCCAUCAUCCAUAUCCCAUUCUUCAGUUAAAAGGACACUGUUGGAGAUGGGAGCAGCACCUUUCUAAACCAGUCCUAAAAGCAAGCCAUAUCUUCUACAGCUGGUAAUGAGAGUCCUCGUCCCAAAAUGAUUUCCAGAGUUUGAGCUUAUACCUACUUUAAAAAAUAGAGUUCAUUUUCUGAUCUCAUGCUGCCUUCUUGGUACUGGCAUAGCACCUAUAGACUCCUAGUUUUCAGAGGUAGCCUGAGAUACCAGUCCAGCUGCCAUUACAUAUGAGUCUUCAACAGCAUCAAAAUUGUAGAAAUUUCAUCCAAGUGUUGCUGUAUAUUAACACAUCAUUGUGUUUGUGUAUUGCCUGGAGUCAACAUAUGAUUGCAAUUGUUGACCUGUUUAAACAAUAAAACAUAGCUAUAAGCCUUUGGAAGCCAAAGGCAUUACAUUAAGCUCGGAUAUGGCAAUGGGUGGGAGGGGUGUAAGGAAUGCUGUCAUACAUUUGGCUUGAAAUUUUCCUGGUAUGUGCCAAUAUGUCUUCUAUAAAUCUGGUAAGCUUAUGUACUUAGUCUGCCUAUUCUGCAUGUAGCAGUUUGCUAUUUUUCCUUUACUCCUAAUCCCCAUCUUUCAACCAGGAAACCAGAUGGUUUGAAGCCAUUGUCCUUCCCUGCGCUCUCAGUUGUCUUUUUAUUUAAGGCACCUCAGCCAAGUUCAUUAAAGGCAGGUGGGGUUAGAUGGCUCCAGUGCUCUGGCAUGGAAGUACCAUGAGGAAAGUAUAAUCUCUUCUCAGCUGCUUGGAACUCACUUUUGCUUCCACCAGCCCCGUCUGCUUCCCUCACUUCCAAUUCCUGGUGUACAGAGCAGCCUUAGCAGUCUCUUGAUCCCUCACAGCGAGCUGGCCUGGACCCUGCUUUCUCUGGAAGGAAAUUUCUUUCUUAAAAGCUUAAUAAUGGAGCAUCUUCCCCCAGUAUCAGCUUCAUGAAUCACCCAGAGCAUUACUAAUUGGAGGACCUUGUUCUGCUGAUGGAGUGAAAGCUGAAUGCGACUUUGUGCUUUCCUCCACACUACAUGGUCUAUUGGGAAAGGCAUUUCCUCCUUGAAGAAUGUAAGCACAAACCCCAGCAUGCUGAGGAUAUACAGGCAGGAAAGAAUUGCACCAGAUGCCAGUGCGCUCACACUUUUCUGAUGGUGCAACAAAAGAAGCCCUGGUAGCCUGAUUGCAGACAAGUUACUUGCAUCACUGGUUGGUCGUCUUGCUGCGUGAAAGUAGUGCGCCCAGAAACAGGCAGGAUGUGGGAGCUGCUCCUCAACUGCAUUACUUCUUCAAGUACUUAGACCUGUGUGGACACCGUUGACAAUACUUCUCCAUACAACCUGCCCUUCAGCAGCCUUCUGUUUAUUUCAAUUGGAAAGCAGGUCAGUAUGAAGACAAGAGUUCUUCAAGUGCUACUAAUGCACAAAAAACAGUUCUCCUUUCUAAGUGGAUUUUUAUUUGUCCUUUUAUCACGUCUCCUCACCCUCUUUAAAAAUGGGACUGUCUGCCUGGAGAGAAAUGUGCCUUGGACAAACAAGACCGAAGAAUCUUCACUUUGGAGUUCUUGAGAACUGUCUGUUUUUAAAAAGGAGUUUAAACAAGAAUGUCUAAGCAGAGAGGGCUCACAACCUCUCCUAUAGCAGCAGCUGCCCCAGAAGGUGACUGGGGUGUCUCCAAAGAUGACCUCCAUGCAUCUCUCAUGGUUUCUCUUUUCAAGACACUUUCAUGUGACAGACCCCAUGAUGAAUGCCUGGAGGCUGCACUGUACACUGUGCCGCACUGCUUAUUUUGUCAGAGCUGCCAUCUUUGCCAAAUGGUGGCCAGACACUCAGACAGAAUUUCCCAAUUAGCAGAGUCCUGCAGCUGAUGUCUGGGACUGCAUCUGUGUGCCCUGUGCAUUACUACAACUGAGACACUGGCGAGGCCCACAUGGCCUGGGGUAGGUAACUGCCUCAGCCAUAGGGCAAGGAGGAAGCAGCUGAGCCUUCUUGAAAGAUGUGAUUUCCUUCAGUUCCUCUUGCUUGGCUGUGAAGGUGGUUAUUUGGGUGUUUAGUCCUUUCAUCCUUCUGUGGUCUGGGUGGAUCUGGAGCCUCCAGAGUGACUCAUCUGGGUCAUGCCACAAGCCUUGGCUUCCUUCUCAGUCUCAGCAGGGAGUGACUCCACACGCUGGCGGUGGCAGAUCCCACAGGACAUCAGUGUGUGGGGCCAGCUCCUGGCACAACUCAGCCUCCAGGUGAGUCCUUGCUUCGCUGGCAUCUCCAGUUUCUCCUGAGCCUUGGGCUUAUGGCAGUCUCAGUGUAACUCCAGAGAUGUCUGCCUUGUCCUCUGCUCCCCGCAGACACAUUUCAUGUCCUUGUCCUUUAUGCAUGCUUAUAGCUGCUUUGUGUCCCCUGUUUUGCACCUUUCAGAAACUUUGCCACUUUUGCUGCAUAUGCAAAGUAGCCUUCCUCUUCAGUGCAAUUGCAUUUAAUCUCUCUCAACCUUGAAAGAGAAUAUUCUUCUAAUUUUACUCCU